GGCAGGUCCAUGCAUUGGAGCAGACGGGCUCUUGGCAAGGGAGAAUGUGGAGCAGAAUGAAAGUAUUAAGCUAGUGGCAUAUGGAAUAGAACUCCGAGUCACGUUUGGAUACAGAGAAGCUUCCCCUCCCUUCCACCCAUCAAACAGGUGCAUUGGAACAAACCAAUGGGCUGCAGAUCUCGCUGACUUGUGUGCCGAGUGUAGACAGGGAAAGGGAUCAGUCGGGAACACCAUCCUUUCUGGGAUGUCCAAGGGGGUUGGAUCCCCUGCUGCCAUUUCUACAUAGAGAGAUUUCUAUUUAUUACCUAAUCUUCCCUGGAGCUCGGGGUCCCCAUGCAUGGAUCAUGGACGGGAUCAGCGCAGAUGCAGCUUCAACCAAAUUCCUCAGCUUCACCCAACGCUCCGUUUCCGAAGACCUGGGCUGCCGACGGGGGGAAUUCAGCAGGAAACAUUACGGGUCGGUGGAACUGCUCAUAUCUAGUGAUGCAGAUGGAGCCAUACAGAGGGCUGGGAGAUUUCGAGUGGAGAACGGCUCCUCAGAUGAUAGUACAGACUAUACGCCAGGUACUUGGAGAAGAACAGAUGUUCAUUUGGAAAACCCAGAGUAUCACACCAGAUGGUACUUCAAAUAUUUUCUAGGAAAAGUACAUCAGAACUAUGUUGGAACAGAUGCAGAAAAGAACCCAUUUUUUCUUUCCGUGGUACUUUCUGACCAAAACAAUCAGCGGGUUCCACAAUACAGAGCAAUUUUAUGGAGGAAAACUGGUACACAGAAAAUAUGCCUUCCAUACUGCCCCACAAAAACCUUAUCAGUGAAAUCUAUUUUAAGUGCCAUGAAUCUUGACAGAUUUGAAAAAAGCCCCAGGGAAAUUCUCAAUCCAGAGAUCCAAAAGGACCUGCUGGUUCUUGAAGAACAAGAAGGUUCAGUGAAUUUUAAGUUUGGAGUUCUCUUUGCCAAAGAUGGUCAGCUUACAGACGAUGAGAUGUUCAGCAAUGAGGCUGGAAGUGAAAGUUUCCAAAAAUUGCUAAACCUAUUUGGUGACACCAUCACGUUGAAGAGUUGGGUUGGCUACAGGGGAGGUCUAGACACCAAAAAUGACACAACAGGAAUACAUUCCAUCUACACUGUUUACCAAGGGCACGAAAUCAUGUUCCACGUCUCCACCAUGCUGCCCUACUCUAGAGAAAACAAGCAGCAGGUAGAAAGAAAACGUCACAUAGGGAAUGACAUUGUGACCAUAGUGUUCCAGGAGGGGGACGAAGCCUCAUCAGCCUUCAAACCUUCCAUGAUCCGAUCCCACUUCACUCAUAUUUUUGCCUUAGUCAGAUAUAAUAAGCAAAAUGACAGCUACAGGCUAAAAAUAUUUUCAGAAGAAAGCGUUCCGCUGUUCGGACCUCCGCUCCCAUCACCGCCCGUCUUUACUGACCACCAGGAAUUCAGGGAUUUUCUGCUAGUAAAAUUAAUUAAUGGUGAGAAAGCGACUCUGGAAACGCCAACGUUCGCCCAGAAAAGGCAGCGCACUUUGGAUAUGUUGAUACGAUCUCUCUACCAGGACCUCAUGCCAGAUUUACAUAAGAACAUGCUAAACAGAAGGUCAUUCAGCGAUGUGCUUCCAGAAUCACCCAAAUCAGCCCGGAAGAAAGAAGAGGCCCGGCAGGCGGAGUUUGCCAGGAUUGGGCAGGCACUCAAACUGAAAACCAUUGUCCGAGGGGACGCCCCCACGAGUCUGGCGACUACAGGCCUGUGCCGGAAAGAGCCGUGGGAAUCCCAGUGUUUCUGCAACAGCUUCACUCAUGAGGCGCUUGGGGGUGACUCCUGGGGGCAGUCUCUUCUAGUUUCCACAGAUGCCGGGGUGUUGUUAAUAGAUGAUGGACAGCCAUCGGUAACUGUAUUUGACAAAACCUUUCAGAUCAAACAAAUGCACGUGUUAGAGAAUUUGGACCUCUUAAUUACAAGAGUAGACAAAGGGAAAGAAGCUCGCCUCUACGUCUUCAGACUCAGUUCCAUCAAAAAGGGCUUGGAAGACAAGCAGGUUAUGAAGAGUAAAUAUGAAUGCAGGGAAAACAAACUUGAAAAAACAAAAGGGUGCCAUUUGUACGCUAUAAACACCCACCACAGUAAUGAGCUGAGAAUAGUAGCGGCCAUUAGGAACAAGUUACUGCUCAUCACCAGGAAAAACAAGCAGAUCAACAGUUUCACGGGGUUCACAGUGAUGUCCCCUUCUACAGAAUCACCUGUGGAAGAAUUCCAGUACAUAAGGGAAAUUUGUCUGUCGGAUCCUCCAGUGGUAAUGACCCUCGUGGAUGGUCCAACAGGGGAAAAUGACAACAUGAUCUGCGUUGCUUACCGGCACCAAUUUGAUUUGGUUAAUGAGAGCACUGGAGAGUCUUGCCGACUGCAUCAUGUUGAUGCAAGUAGGGUUCAUUUUGUUGCAGCUAUUGAUGUAUAUGAAGAUGGAGAAGCAGGAUUACUUCUUUGCUACAACUAUAUGUGCUAUUAUAAGAAAGUAUGUCCCUUCAAUGGAGGUUCCCCACUCAUACAGCCAUCCGCCUCAGACUUCCAUUUCAGCUGGAACCAAGUUCCAAAUGCAGUUGUGUGUGCGUUCCCAUAUAUCCUGGCUUUCACCACUGAUUCCAUCGAAAUCCGGUUGGUUGUCAAUGGUAAUUUGGUUCACACGGCCGUCGUCCCUGAACUGCAGCUGGUGGGCUCCAGGUCAGAUAUUUAUUUCAAAGCAACGGCAGCAGUGGGUUCAUCGUCCAACAGCAGUUCGAAGGAUACAAGUUCACAUAGCUCUCCAAUGACACCUACAGGCUACGAACUGCCAGUGUUCCCAUCGUCUCCAGGAGAAGUGCAAUGCCGAAACAUCUACAAGAUUCCUCUGAGUAAUCUGGUUGGACGAAGCAUCGAACGACCUCUAAAAUCCCCGCUGGUCCCCAAAGUCAUCACUACGCCAACCUCCAUUGGUCUUAGCGGAAUCCCGGUCACACAUUCGUUAUCGCUGUCCCGCAUGGAAAUCAAGGAAAUAGCCAGUAGGACAAGGAAGGAAUUAUUAGGUCUCUCUGAAGAGUCAGCACCCAAAUCUGAAUCUUCGCACAAGCAGAAGAAACUCGGCAGGAAGCCAACGGACGAGGACAGUAAGCAGGAAACCCCAGAUUCGCCGAGCACCGAAAGGAUCAAUUUAGGGUCAUUUGAAAGCAAUUCGGAAGGCCAGCAACACUGUUCAACCAGUUCCGACCCUGACACGAAUAUCAGCGUGGAAGAGAGUCCUCCUUUCAACAACAGCCCCUUCCUCUUGGCUGCUUCCUUUGAUGAGGAUAUUGUGGAUUUAAAGUGAAGACAAUCUCCGUUACCCUGGUCCUCUUCUCCCUCCUCUUCCUCACAACCAUCUACUCUUGGAAGGUUAAAAUUUCCACGUUUAAGGUAUCAUCCACCAUGGCUCCCACCCAUUGUCUUAGAGUCACUGUCCACAUCAAGAGGGGCCACCAGUCUCGCCUAACUGGUAGGCUUUAUAGGAAUGUCACAACAUGGAUUCAUGGGACCAGGAGUUGAGGACAUGAAUGUUCUAUGUGUGCUGCAGUGCUCACACAGUCUAUUCUAAGACUAACCAAUCACAAUGCUGCAUUCUUGUUAACCAUGUUUCCCUCCCCUUCUGCUCCCUGUUAUUCAGACUUCAGCACCCACAGUUGAAGUUGCUAUAGGGGUAACACUUUUUUCUUUAUUUCUUUAACCAUACUGAUUUCUAGAGCAAGGAUAAGUGCACCCCCAUUUAUUCUACAAUACAGGAAAAUCCUUGCUCAGUUUAUUCACCCUCACUUUCAAAUUUUAAAAAAAAUGUUGUCAGGACAAACCACUCCAGCCUGAAAAUUUUUAAAUCUUUAGCUGACAGUUGCCAUAAAUUUCAUAGGAAAUUACAGGGAAGUUCUCGAAACAAAAAUACUUGGUUAAGAAACUGACUGAUCUUAUUUCCCAGCUGCUAUACACACAUAUAUAUAUAUAUAUAGUACUUCUGACCUUCUCACUCUUCCUAAAACGCAAUGCAAAUAGGAGAAAGGGACAUUUGAUGGUGUAAGUCAGCAAUGAGUUAUUGCAAACGAUUACAUCUCAGCAAAGGUCACUACAUUUCAGCAAAGGUCACUUUAUUGUGCCAAAGUGUACAGAACAUAUGCAUUCAAUUUUUUUCAAUGUUGCUUCACUCUUUCAACUGAGGUCAAAAUCAAUGUUAAUUUGUGUGUAGCUUGCACUUUUAUCCAUGUAAGCUCAUAAAUUCACUUUCUAGCAGGUAUAGUAGGGAGAGAUGGUGCCUAUAGUAACAGUAGGAUAAUAGUCUCUGGGAAGGGACUGUGAGGCUGUGUGAUAGGUAUAGUAGGGACAGAUGCCCAUCAUCUGUCUUGGUUAAUACAGGUCAGGGAACGUGGAGUAUCACCUGUAUUAUAAGGGAUAAUGUACCCCCUACUAUAAAUGAUAAGGAUAUCAGAGGCCACUGUUCUGUGACCAUAUUAUAGACACAAGACCAUAGCCUGAGGACUAUGAUGUGACUAAUACCUUUACGUUCUUCUGGGUGUACAGAAUUCCUUUCAAUACAAGAGUUGUACUUUCGAACAAAUUAAAGACCUCACACAAUAUGAACAAAAGUAUCUGCAAUUUGCUGCUGAAAACACAGAAUUGGCGUAUCUUAUAUAUGAAUAAGAAGCCAAUGUUUGUACUAAUUCCAGCCAGGGGGCAAUGAUUGAUAAGCAGGGGAAUUCACCCUUACACAUAUCUAAAGGACAAGACGCAAUUCUUUGGUUUGCCCUCUGUAAAAGAAAGUGAAAUGAAAGACUAAGACUAAGACCAAAUUUAGAAAGAGUCGUACAGAGGCUACUGUAUACUAAUGGGGAUGGGAUAAUAGUGCACUCGGGAUGUUGUAUCAGUUUCCAGCAUGCCCUGUUUAGCACCAUUCUAAUAGGAUUAUAGCAAUGCUACACUCAGUAGACCACCUGCAUCUGUAUAUGUCAUUGGUGGUUCCAGUUUAUAGCCCUUCACUGGAUGUCAAGAUAAAGGAUCACUUUCCAAGGUCCUGAACUGUCACAAGUCUCUGUGCACUGCUGCUUUGCACACUGGAGUCAGGGCGGCCUUAUUAUUUGUGACCUGUAGGGGGCGCUGUUGCUAUAGGUUCUGUUUUUUUAAUUGGAGAAAAUUUAAGCUUUUACAUAAUUGAGUCAUUUUAAUAUGCAAUGAUGAUUCCCCCAAACACCCACCCCUCGGCCUACAUCGACUGUCUACAAAUGCCAAAACUAUUAAAGGGGCGCACCAGUUACAACCCCCCUACGUGCACCUCUGCUAGUGUUGUGACAUCACCUUUGUAUUGUGACGUCGACAGCCUGUACAAUGCAUGCCUGCUUUCCCUGAACCCCGCCCACCCCCCUUUCCUUCCCGCUAUUGCACUUCAAUGGAUUGAUUGACAACCUCUCGUUGACCUGUUUCAAUGUGAACACUUAAACACUACUAUAAGCCUUUAAAUAGAACAUUUGAAGGGUGUGGGGGAGGGGAGAAUAUUUUUUUCAGAUUUUAUUUAUUUAUUAUUAGGUAUUUAAAUUGUUAAACGGACAAAAAAAAAAAUAGUCGAGAUGUUAAAAGUUUGUACCAAUUCCCUCCCCUCCCUACCACCCCUUAUUUUGCCCCCCCCCAUGACCCUUUGAAUUUUAGCAGUAGUUUUGUAACCAAUGAUCACUGUUAGACUGUUGCUCAACCUCUGUGAUAUAAAAACAAAUGGAAAAAAAAAUCUACCACCAAGUGUCUUAACUUAUAUUGUAUUGCCAUUGUUUCUAAUGCCAAGUGAUAAUGUACAUGUUUUGUGUUUCAGAUGUGGCCUGUAAAGAUACUAAAGUAUUAAUACUUAAUAAUAAUAUUUUAAAGUGCUGUGGGAUCACUGCUGUGAUGGUAAAUAAAAAAAGGUACUUUUGUUCUCAGAUGUAAUAAAUAUUUAUGAAGUUUAA